GUGGAUGUGGUCAUGCAAUUUGGGAAGAAGAAAGUAAGUUGUAAUUUGCUGGAAAAGGAUAAUGGUCUUGCUGAUGACGAACGUGAAGAAGCUGUAGGAAUGCUUGAGGAAUCGCCUUCUGGCAUUGCGAUGGCCACAAAUCUCCCUGGUACCUAUUCAUCUAUGAACAUGGACUCCUCAAACCCCCUUCGUGUGAGAACUUUACAUAUAAGUUCUGCCAUUUUGGCAGCUAAGAGUCAAUUCUUUUAUAAGUUGUUCGUUGGCAUGAAAGAGUCACAGCAACAACAUGUAACUAUACAAAUCCAUGUGUCAGAAGAGACUGCGGUCAUGGACCUCCUGAAAUUUAUAUACAGUAAUGCUUUAUCUGCUACAACACCUACUGGGGUGUUUGAUGUGCUGAUGGCUGCUGAUAAGUUUGAAGUUGUGUCGUGCAUGAGAUAUUGCAGCUUCUUACUGCAGAAUCUACACAUGACAACUGAUUCAGCAUUGCUAUAUUUGAAUCUUCCUUCCAAUAUAUUAAUGGCUGAUGAUGUUCAGUUGUUAACAAAUGCUGCAAAGAAGUUUCUUGCAGCACGAUUUGUGGACAUAACCAAGUUCCAAGAAGAGGUAUUCAGUUUGCCUCUUUUGGGAAUUGAGGCCGUUUUGUCUAGUGACGAUCUUCAAAUUGAUUCUGAGGAUGCUGUCUAUGACAUUGCAUUGAAGUGGGCUCGCAAGCAUUACCCAAAGCUUGAGGAGCGAUGGGAAGUAUGGAGCUCACAUCUUUGUCACCUCAUCCGGUUUCCUUUCAUGACAGAGAGAAAGCUGAGGAAAGUCCUAAUGUGCAGCGACUUUGAUCCUGAGCUUGCUUCAAAGCUUGUCAUAGAGGCUCUUUUUUACAAGGAUGAAGCACCGUAUUGUCAGGGCUCAAUUGCUGCUGAGGCAGGGAAUGCCUUGCACCAUUGUUAUGUGCAGAGGGCAUACAAAUACAGACCGGUUAAAGCCCUCCACUUUGAAACACCCCGUCAGCAAUGUAUUAUCUACCUAGAUUUGAAAAGAGACGAGUGUGUUCGCCUCUUUCCUGUGGGUAGAGUUUAUACGCAGACUUUCCAUUUGGGUGGACGGGGUUUUUUCCUAUCAGCACGUUGCAGUAUGGAUCAACAAAAUGGAUCCCAUUGCUUCGGGUUGUUUCUGCGUAUGCAAGAGAAGGGGUCAGAGUCGUUUGCAGUUGAUUACGAAUUUGCAGCUCGUAUCAGUCCAGACGAGAAAUAUGUGAGGAAGCACAAAGGAGACUACAUCUUCACCCGGGGCAUGAAGGUUGGCUGCAGGAACCUGUUUGGUGUAGAUUGGACCACAUUUCUGGAUCGAGAUAGUGUAUAUUUCAUUAAUGGAAUUCUCUAUCUUCGCGCUGAGGUUACUGUCAGGCAAUAGUAUUUAGCAGCCAAGAGUCCUGGAAGGUUUAGAUUAUAGUGAGAUCUUACUUUUUCACUUAAAGUGCACCACAUAUGAACAAGAGUUUGGUAGGUUAUAAUGCUUUUACCUGUUGCCAUAUUUGCACUGUUGUAAAAUAGUAAUAUCAGACUUGUCGAGUAGCUUCAUAUUUUGAUUUAAUA